AUGGGGAAUGCUAUAAAGGAAAGUUUGGUAAAGGCUCCAACAGGGGGGGGACUUGUUGUGUCAUCUUUGGGGGUUCAAGGGGAGAGGCAGGAGCAGCAGCAGCAACAGCAGCAGCAGCAGCAGCAGCAGCAGCAGCAGCAGCAGCAGCAGCAGCAGCAGCAGCAGCAGCAGCAGCAGCAGCAGCAGCAGCAGCAGCAGCAACAGCAGCAGCAGCAGCAGCAGCAGCAGCAGCAGCAGCAGCAGCAGCAGCAGCAGCAGCAGCAGCAGCAGCAGCAGCAGCAGCAGCAGCAGCAGCAGCAGCAGCAGCAGCAGCAGCAGCGGCAAGAGGAGGAAGCGGUGGGAAAAGAGAAAGGAGGCGGAGGGAUGGAGAACGGGGAGCAGGGAGGAACGGAGAGGAGGGAGGGAUGGAAGGAGGUGCCAUUGGUGCAGCAGCUGAAAGAGCAACCGCAGCAGCAGCAGCAGCAGCAGCAAGAAGCAAACGACUCUCAGUUGAAGGGGGAGCAGCUGGCAGGGGCAGGGAAGACACAGCCAAUUCACACCUGGCCUGAGGAACUACCAUUCCCCCUCCCCCAGUUUUCUCUCCCCAAGUUCCACCUCCCCCAACUCCCCCUCCCCCAGUUCCUUUCCCGCCCCCCUCCUCCAGUCCUCCCCCUUCCCUCUCAUGCUUCCCCCGCUCCCCCUGGUGCCCCUUCUCCUCCCCCUGGUGCUCCCCCCGUUCCCCCUCGUGCUUCCCCCGCUCCCCCUGGUACCCCCCCUCCCCCUUCCGCCCCCGGCCCCCUCGGUUUCCCCCUUGAUGCAGCCACGGCUGCUGCAGUGCAGCAUGCAGCGGUUACUGUAGCGGAUCAGGUCCCCAAAGAUUCGAUUCUGUGGGCGGCAGUGGCAGAACAGAAGGUGGAAAUUCUGGAGAGAGCACUGGAGGAGACAAAGGAGCGAGCUGUUGCAAUGAUGGAGCGACUGAGGUUGAAUGCCGAGGCUAAGAUGAAAGGCAAGAGAGGAUUAAAGGAGGCAAAGGAGCGAGCUCUUGCUAUGAUGGAACGGCUGAGGUUGAUUGCCGAGGCUAAGGCGAUGGAGCGAGUUUUGGAGGAGGAGAGGAGGCGGGUGGAGGAGCUGCAGUCGCUCUCCCCUUCCCCUUGCUUUCUAUCCUCACCCUUCACUCCCGUUCCUUCCCUCUGUCUCACCACCAUCAGCACAAGGCAAUGGAGCGAGAGCUGGAGGAGGAGAGGAGGCGAGUGGAAGAGCUUCAGUCGCUCUCCGAUCCCACAUGCUCUCGCAUCUCACUCCUCUCACUUCCUCACUUUCCUCACUUUCCUCAACCCCCUCAUUCCCUCCCGACCAGCACAAGUCAAUGGAGCGAGAGCUGGAGGAGGAGAGGAGGCGAGUGGAGGAACUGCAGGCACUCUCGUCACCGUCCCUUGA